CUCUCCCAGCAGUUACCCGGAUAAAGAUUGGCUAUAUUAUCUGGACAAUUGAAAGCGGGGUUUGUAGUUCAAACCCACAGUCGGUAUUCGGCCAUAAGAAGCUAGACUUUGUAUUACAGCUCAGAAAUUAUCUGUGGAUUUUAAAUAUGGCUGGUGGUAAGGCGGGCAAAGACUCUGGGAAGACCAAGACGAAAGCAAUUUCGCGCUCGCAGAGAGCUGGACUGCAGUUCCCAGUGGGUCGUAUCCACAGACACCUGAAGUCCAGGACCACCAGCCACGGCAGAGUUGGAGCCACCGCAGCGGUGUACAGCGCGGCUAUUCUGGAAUACCUCACGGCCGAGGUUCUGGAGUUGGCAGGAAAUGCAUCAAAGGAUCUUAAGGUGAAGCGUAUAACCCCACGCCACUUGCAGCUGGCCAUUAGAGGGGAUGAGGAGCUGGACUCUCUUAUCAAGGCCACUAUUGCUGGAGGAGGUGUGAUCCCUCACAUCCACAAGUCUCUGAUUGGAAAGAAGGGCCAGCAGAAGACUGUAUAACCUGAAGUGCUCUGGGAGUUUGCAUCACAUUGUUAAAUGUCUUAGAUUAGAACACCGUUAGGAAUAAUUUUUAUGGUUGAGCUUGCAUUUACUCACCUGGGGUAUUUUUUAAAAAGUGGCUUCAGAGAAGCUCAGUUUUGUUUUUUUUUGUUUUUCUGGUGCUGCAGUUUUUGUGUUGACACUUGCUUUUGUGGCGUUCCCAUGUUUUUAAAGUGGUGUUAAUAAAGCUCUUAUUGGGCA